CGCAGAAUAUACACUCUUUGAACCAAGUUGUUAGCAUCUCUCUCUCCUUCUUUUUUCCUAUCGUUAUUGUCAAUAUCAAGACUUUCACUGGCUGAAAAGUUACACAUUCCUUAAAGUACCACUACACAGUCACACCAUGCAGUUUUCUACUAUGAUCGUCGCCCUCUUCGCAGGCGUUGCCCUUGCUGCUCCUUCUACUAUCGAAGCACGCCAGAGCACGAUUUGCAACGAAUGCCGUAAAGAGUGCUUUUUCAGCCCGGGGCCCGACGCCGUCUUCAAGAAGUGCCUGGACAGAUGCAACACCGACAUCGGAUGCAGUCUCACGCCUUGAUCACCGCAAGACAUCUGCGACCUCUUUUCAGGAUGGUCAACUGAAGUGUGACAGGCCGCAGCACACAUGCCCAUUGAGUAUGUGGCCAUGCCCCCGGCUGGGCUUCACUUUGUCUCGGUGGAACAUGGACACACACGCUUAGCCUGAGAUGCAUCCUAUUGUUUCUUUUACUGCCCUUGCUGCUUUUUAUCCUUUACUGUCAUUACCGUCCUGCUCCGCUGUUGCGUUGUGCGGCUCCACGACGCUGCUGUGGUAUUAGCAUAGCACCUAUCAGAGCGCACUAGAUCAAUUAGACAAAUGUUAGAAGGAUCAUUUGUAGACGGAUAGAACACAAUAGAUCAACUACUGUUUUCAGUUGGGGUUAUUCAACAACUCUUGUGAAUGUUGGCGCAGCGCUGCAAUCCCGGUUACUGACUCCACAGACGUUGUAACUGGACGGCUUACAGGUCUAGAAGACAACGUUCAUUCCACCUCAGAAACCCGAUGCUGGAAGUCAUUGCGCCAUCCCGAGUUUAUCAUUAAUAGCGGGUUAUCUUGCCUUUUUGUCGUCAUCCACGAAAGGGUUUGAUAACGGUUUCCCCACGACAUCCACAGUACAAGUUAUCAAGUUACCCUUCCGAUAACACCAACGGUCCGCAUUCCCCAGCGUUUAAGAACACUCACUCGGGGCUCCCUCUCUUCUACGGUGAGAAAAGGACCCUCUUUCGCGGGUAACGACUCUUGGAAUACCCGGAUGCGGGGUGAGUAGCAAGAGAGAAGUGGACUUCAGGAGAGAUACUUAUGUACAUAUGUGUGCUCGUUUGUCAGGACUCCAGGUACCCCGCUGUGCCAAUGCAAGCGCAUAGAGGGUCCACGAGAAUUGGGCGAUGGGCAUCGUGAACGGUGCACGUUGCCGUCUUUCAAGAGCAUGUGGACCGGGAGUGGUGGAGUUUGGGGAUGCCGAGCAGGCAGGACGACAGCGAUCUGGAAGUUUGACCGGGUUUUCAGGGUCUUGGAGCACAGUGUCAACUCGCAUCAGUCGUCCAUGUGGAGGUGCGCGUCGCGUGUCGGUGGUUGUAACUCGUCGAUCGGCCAUGCAGAGAGGUGUCAGGUGGUCGGUCACAUGAGGUUAGGCUUUUGAGGACUUGGUUUUCCUGGAUCCGAGGUUUGCGAUGUUGGACUGCAUCCGAAGUACGAUGUAGGUAUCUUACUGCGUAGAAGGCUUGGGGGGCGGAUUACAUUUGGUCCGGGGUAGAGGUAUCCCUGGGGAUGAACCCUCUCGAUGCCCGUUGACGGGUGGCCCCCUUCUUAC